AUGGACCCUCAAUCCCUCGCCCAAUCCUUAACCCCAUCCAAAGUGCAUGCCGCCCACACCCUCAUCAAACCCUACAUCCACCGCACGCCACUACUAACCAACAAAACCCUCAACGGAAUAGCCUCCACGCCCCAAACCCCAGAUGCGUUGAAGGGAACGCCCUACGAGGGGCAGACACCUGCGAACCCGACCAUCCGUUUCUUCUUCAAAUGCGAGAAUCUGCAGCGCAUUGGCGCGUUUAAGGCCCGGGGAGCGUUUCAUGCUCUGCUGAGGUUGAUUGAGGAGAGGGGAAACCACGCCCAAGCCCUAGCCCUAGCAUCCACCACGCUCAACAUCCCCUCCUACAUCGUCAUGCCCAGCAUCAGCACCACCUCCAAAAUCGAAGGCACGAAAGCCUACGCCACGAAAGUCGUUUUCAGCGGGUCAACAAGCACCGAGCGCGAAGCCGUUGUCGCCGAAGUCCAGAGCCAAACCGGCGCCAUCCUAGUUCCGCCCUACGACGACUUCAACAUUAUCUGUGGCCAGGGCACGACAGGUCUCGAAAUCGAAGAGCAGUACCUGGACCUUCUGGCGCAGAACCCCCAGCUGAGUGCCCAUGGUUCGUCUGGGUCGGGUUUGGAUGCGGUGAUUACGCCUAUCGGUGGUGGGGGUUUGAAUGCCGGUGUGGCGACGUUCUUUUCGGAUAAGAAGACGAAGGUUUUUGGAGCGGAGCCGAGUUUUGAGGGCGCGGAUGAUUGUCGACGGGGGUUGGAGGCCGGGGAGCGGGUGACGAGUGUGAAGUCGUUGACUAUUGGUGAUGGGUUGAGGACUCCUGUGGGCUUGUUGAACUGGGAGGUUAUUUCGGAUAAGAAGAAGGUGGAGGGCGUAUUUGCGGUAACGGAGGAGCAGAUUAAGGCGGCGAUGAGGCUAGUCUUGGAGAGAAUGAAGGUGGUAGUUGAGCCGAGUGCGGUGGUGGGUUUGGCAGUUUGUUUGUUUAAUGAGGAGUUUCGGAGGAUCGUGGAGAAGGAGGGUGGUGAAGAGGGUUGGGAUAUUGGCAUCGUGUUCAGUGGAGGAAAUACCACUGUUGAGGCAAUUGGGAAGUUGUUUAGUUGA